AUGGCUACGUUCACUCGCAUUGCAGAUGAUGAGCGUCCUUCCAUCUCGGUAGACCCUAGUGCUAUCAUCUCCAAGAUUGAGGAUAACAUCUAUGGAGGUUUCACAGAACACAUGGGUCGCUGCAUCUAUGGUGGCAUCUAUGACCCCGGAAACCCCCUGUCCGAUGAGAACGGUUUCCGAAAGGAUGUUAUUGAGGCCUUCAAGGAGCUCAACUGUCCUGUUGUGAGAUAUCCUGGUGGUAACUUUGUUGCUACGUAUCAUUGGCUUGAUGGUGUUGGGCCUAAGGAGAAGAGACCUGCUAGACCUGAACUUGCGUGGAUUGGUACAGAGACGAAUGAGUUUGGAACAGAUGAGUUUCUCAAGUGGUGUGAGGUCGUUGGCACUGAGCCUUACUUUGCCCUAAACUUUGGAACUGGUACUCUUGAUGAAGCCCUCGCAUGGGUCGAGUACUGCAACUCCGACAGACCAACAUACUACGCCAACCUGCGUCGUCAAAACGGCCGCGAAAAGCCCUACAACGUAAAAUACUGGGCCCUCGGAAACGAAAUGUACGGCCCCUGGCAAGUCGGCCAAAUGACAAAGGAAGACUACGCCAAGAAAGCCUACCAAUGGGCCAAAGCCAUUAAGCUCCUCGAUCCCAAUGUUGAGCUCAUUCUCUGCGGAGAAACAGGCCACAGCUCUUGGGACGCGUAUGUUAUCAAGGAGUGUAUCAAGUUUGACAUUCACGGGCUGGGUGGAAGUACGACUGCUAGUCUUAUUGAUCAGCAUAGCAUUCAUAUUUACACUGCUAGUGAGGAUCACUACAAGAACGCUACUGCCCCUCGUUCUGCUGAGCGUGCUAUCGAGAUCACAGCCGGUCUUAUUGAUCUCGCUCGCAUCGAGAACAAAGUCCCCCCCUCCGUCCGCCGUCAAAAGAUCUGCUUUGACGAGUGGAACGUAUGGGAUCCCGUCCGCGCCCCCGGCGAAGAAGGCGCCGAAGAGAAAUACAACCUCUCCGAUGCCCUCGCCGUCGCAAUCUGGCUCAACGUCUUCGUCCGCCAAUCCAAGCACAUGGGCAUGGCCAACAUCGCCCAAAGCGUAAACGUCAUUUCUCCCUUGAUGACCACAAAGGACGGACUCCUCAAGCAACCAACAUGGUGGUCUUUACUUCUCUACAGCAAGUACAUGCGUGGUUCUACCAUUGCUGUUAAUGUUCGCGCCGGUGAAUACCAGGGCCCUACACAUCCUGAGUGGAUUCGCGGUGCUAUUGAGACGCCUUGGUUGGAUGUUAGUGCUGCGCUGGAUAAGGAUGGUGUUGUCAACCUUGCUGUUGUGAACAUCCAUGAAGAGAAGGACUUUGAGACGGAGCUGAGGGGUUUGACUGGGGGUAAGGAGGUUGAGGUUCAUACUGUCAGUGGAAAGGACGUCAAGGUUGUCAACACUGCUGAGAAGGAGGAGGUUGGCAUUAAGGAGUCCAAGUGGAAUGGCGAGGGCUUGUUUACGUUCCCUAAGCACUCGUUUACUCUGCUGCGCUGGAAGCUGUAG